AUGGCUUUAACUACAGUGAAAUUACUAGGCCUAUUUCAGUUUAUUGAAAUAUUCGCAUUUCAUACACAUGCCGAUUACACUUGGGCUAAUGGACUUAAAUCUAAUAAAGGCUACACAGAAUGGUCUGGAGGAAUCGUUGCUAAUCAUCAUCGUUUAAAAACCGACCAAAGCCCAUACUUCAUCUUAAAUAAUGUUAUUAUUGAAGAUACUGGUCAGCUUAUUAUAGAUCCAGGAGUAAUACUUAAAUUUUCACCAAAAACUGGGAUCACAGUGAAAGGAUCAAUUAUUGCAAAUGGAGAUGCUCAUAACAAAAUUGUAAUGACAUCUAGUGCUAAUGUAGAAGACACAGAUGAUGGUUUAAGUCAGUCUUCUUCAAACAUAAGACUUGUAGAUGGUCCUAGUAUACUAGCUGGACGUUUACAGUUAUUUUAUAAAGGUGCUUGGAGAUCAGUCUGUACAUCAACACAAUGGAACAAUGCAGACCUCCAAACAACAUGUCGGCAUUUAGGCUUUCGCGGAGGUAAAUUUUUACGUUGGAUGGAACCUAAAGUAGAUAAGCUGCACACACGACUUCUGUUGUCUAAUUUACAAUGCCAAGGUAUUGAAAAUGAUUUAAAUAGCUGUAGCGGAUGGAAAAAUAAAAAAUUAGGAUCUGGUAGCUGUGAUCUUAAGCAAGAUAUUGCUAUUGAAUGUCAGCCAUAUUAUGAAAAUAGCUUUGUUGUAAAAAGUUAUUGGAAAGGUCUUAAAUUUGAAAAAGCCCAGUUCAAAAAAUCAUUAAUACAUCAUAAUACCUUAUAUCAACCAGUCUCACUAUCUGAACUAAAUCAUGUUAUAUUAACAUAUGCUGGAGUUGGUGCUGAGUUUAAAUCUACUUCAGUCAUAGAAGUUGAUGGAGUACCACCGUUAUUAAGAAAUGUGUCAAUAUUACAUUCUGCAUAUAAUGGAAUUAACAUAACAACAUCAGAUUCCAUACUAGAUUUACAAGACUGUAUUAUUAAAAAUAAUAGAGGACAUGGUAUUUUUAUGAAUUCAUCUUUUGGUCAAUUAAGUUUAAUAAAAACGUUGGUGUCUAACAACAAAGGAGAUGGUAUACAUAUGGUUCAAGGCAAUGUCAAUCGCGAUCUCAUGAAUAAUGUUAAUGAAUUAUGUUCUCUUCCAACAACAACUAGUCAAACAUUUCCUGUGCUUGUUUCUGUGCAACAAAAUAGUUAUAACGCUAAACAAAUUAACUGCUACAAGAGUUUAUUCACUAAAAUUGGACAAGUUUUAACUGUUAACAUUGAACAUACCCGUUCUCAACAUUUUGACAAUAAUUCAUUCAUAUACAUUUAUGAUGGAGAAGUAUCAACUCCUGAUAGGCUUUUAGCUACUAUUUCUGUACUUAAUAAUACAGUACCACAAUCAGUAACAUCAAGUCGUAACAACAUAUUAAUUCAAUUUUCUGCACCAGCUAGAACAAAUGUAUUUGGUCUUCUUAGGGUAACUUCAGGAUUUGUAAAAUGGCAUAGUAUUAAUAUAUCUGAAAGUAUUCUAUCUGAUAAUAUUGGCUCUGGAUUAUUUGUUGAGAAUUUAUAUAGUGCUGUGUCAAUAUUCAACUCUUCUGUGCACAACAACAGUGGAAGUGCUGGAGUCAAUGUUUUUAAUGGUUCUGCUGACAUAACUAUAUUAGGUUCAGAAAUUGUGUAUAAUAACGGAUUUGGAAUUUUAACUAAUACUAAUGGUGGAGUACGUAAUGUUACAUAUUCAUUAAUCAAGUCAAAUUCAGGACCAGGAAUAGCUGUUCGGUUAUUAGACAAAACAAUCAGCAAUGUACCUCAGAAAACAAUUUUAACAUAUUCUCAGAUCAAUAACAAUACAGUAGAAAUUGAUGGAUGGUGUCAUGGCAAGUCACAGAUAAAUGUCACAGGAAAUGUUUUUAGUUUUAGCAUUUAUGCAUUAGAAAUAAAAUCAUGUAUUGAGCGACAAGCUACUACAACUCAUGUAAUUAUAUCGUAUAAUGAAUUUUUUAAUAAUAAAAAGUUGGCAGUACUUAUAAGACCAAUGCUUAACAUGGAUGCAAUUUUGGAGUUCAAUCGAUUCAAAAAACAAGAGUAUGGUUGCAUAUUAAUUAGAAAUGAACAUUUUGAUGAAGAUUUUGAUGAAUCGCCAACAACUGCUUUACUGAGAUAUAAUGAAUUUUACGAUAACAGUGGAAGCUAUGUUGUUAAUUUAGGACUAAGUACUUAUAGCCAACUACAUAAUUUGCUAUUCACGUGGAAUUAUUUAAAGAACAAUAAAAUAACUCAACCUUUUAAGUUGGUUUCAAGAAAUAAAGUGGCGGCAGUAAUUGUUGUUGCUUCUUCUAAUAUAAUUGUCAUGAGAAAUAUUAUUGAAAACCCGUUAUCAAAUUAUGAAAUAGGAGUACAACUUGAAGAUCAAAGUCUCAUAGUAAACACUACUUAUAAUUGGUUGGGAAACACUGAUGAUCAUUUUAUUAUAAAUAGAUUAUUUCACAGGCGUGAUCGGUAUAAUUUGGCUAAAAUUGAAUUUGUUCCCUUCUUGUUACAUCCUACAAAUCCUGGUACUACGUCAAUAAUGACUGUUUCUACAGUUAUAACCCAAUUGUAUAAAGAACCCAAUGAUUUUGGUGGAGAAGUUGAUGGUGUAGAAACCGUAUAUAGUGGUGAAUAUGUUGUUACAAGAGACAUUAAUGUGGCGUCUAGUGGAAAAUUAAUUAUUCAUCCUGAUGUCACUUUGAAAUUUAAUCCAGGUGUUGGCAUAAUGGUAGCUGGUAAAUUAGAAGCUCGUGGUAGAGGUUUUGGUAAUAUUAAAUUUACAUUAAAUGAACCUCCUGUUCCUGUGAUUGAGGAACCAAUUGAAACUGUUAGUGUAAAUACUAGAGUAAAGUUGGUUGCUGGAAGAACAUUUAAUGAAGGAAGACUUCAGGUAUUCUCCGAAGAGUUAAAUACAUGGGGAACAGUUUGUAAUUACGGCUGGACAAUUGACAAUGCUGCAUUAGUGUGUCGACAAAUGGGUCUAGUUUUAAAUCCUGCAGAUUGGAAAGUUGAUGUACCCCUUGCUGAUCCAUUAGAACCAGUGUUAUUAACAAAUGUCACUUGUUCUGAUGAAGAUACAGACAUGAUGAAUUGUAGAGUAGAAAAAGUAAGUGACUCUGAACAGUUAUGUGAUCAUUCGAAAGAUGUUGCUUUUCGGUGUGAACAACCUGGUUGGACCGGCUUAAGAUUAGGUGUAUUGGCAGAUACGUGUAAUCUACAAUAUGUAACAAUAGAAAAAGCUGGACUUUUCGACUACAUUACUAAUGAAUUUGGACCAGCCCUACAGGUAGAUUUGAAUAGACAUACAUUUGAAGGCGUUCGUAUCACAGACAAUGCUGGAAAUGGCUUGGAAGUACUUUAUUCUGACUUACAUAAUAGUUUGAGCUAUAUUCGUAACUCAGAAUUUAGUGGAAAUAAAGGAGCUGGGAUAUUUUUCAAACAACUUGGUUUGAACAUUCAAGAUAGUAAAAUUGAAAGAAAUAAAUUUGGUAUUCAGCAUGAUGUUUCAAUUAGUAUUGAUAAACAAAGAGAGCUCGCAGGAUGGUUUAAACCAUUUGCAUCAAGUUCAUAUCAAUAUAAACCUGUAUUAUUGCCCAAUGAUCAAUCAAAUUUUCAAAUAGACUUAAAAACUAAUGAAUUUAGAUAUGUUAUCACUAAACAAAUGCAUUUAACAGAACCAAUUCAAUCAAAAAUAAUUUUUCAAUGUACAAAAAUCAAUUUUGUGAUUGGAAUUCAGAUGUUAAAUAUUCCACAUAAUAAUAGUACUGAAAAAAUUUCAAUUCAUAAUAUUCAUAGUAAUAAGAUAAAUGAUAACAUUUUAUGGAGUUCCAAUCAAGAUACUGGUAUUUUCCCUACUCAAAGUAGUUCCAAUGGUAUCAUUUUGAAUUACAGUAGUGGAUCAAAUCCACAAGGAAAUAUUGUUCUUCUUAUAUCAUGUGUACCAGCUACAAUUAAACAAGGAUUAUUAAUUCAACCAGAACCAACAUUAUUUGUUACUAAAACUGCUAUUAAAAGUAAUGAAAUUGGAGUAUUUAUGACCUACUAUAGCGAAUUUAUGAGUACUGAAAGUCACAGAUAUAACAAUAAACCCAAAAAAGGCCAGUAUUAUUUACGUGCUUUAAAUGAAUCGAUACAUUUAUAUGAUUGUGAUGUAUCUUAUAAUACAAACGAAGGUUUGUUAGUUCGUGAAAUUGAGCCAUUUUCAUUUGGACUGUUUAACAAAUCUCAUAUUCAUAUAAGUGUCAAUAAUUCAAUAAUAGCAAAUAAUGGAAAAAUUAUCACUCAUCACUCCAAAGAUACACAAAAUUCAUUAAACAUUUACAAAUGGGAGUUAACUGGAAAUUCAUUUGAACGAAAUCUUAAAGAUGGUAUCCAAUUGAUAUUGCCAUAUUUAUAUUCAUAUGAUGAAAACAUCACUCAUGUUGUGAUAAUUGAUAAUAAUACAUUGGUUCAUAAUUCAAAUUUAAAAUUGAACAUUGGUGGACAUUUUGCCAUGUUAAAUAUCACUCGUAAUACUAUACAAAAUAAUAUUUGUAAAGAUGGUUUGAUAAUGAUAACGGGUAUGGAAAAGUAUAUGUUAAUCUGGAAGAAUACGAUUAUUUCCAACACUGGAGAAUUUAUGAUUAAGUUCAAUAUUAAAAGCCAGUGUGAAAUUAUGAGUUCGGUAUUUGCAUUGUUCAGAGAAAAUAUAUUCAAUAGUAACUCAAGAUUACUUACAACAGGGUCAAUCUCUGCAUUGAUUAUAUUUGAUGGAAUUCAAAAUGUUAAAAUUGAUCGUAAUUUAAUGUCAUCAAGUAAUAAUAUGAACUAUAAUGUUAUUGCUGGUCUGCAUACGUCAAGAACAAGUAACGCAAUAAACAUGGCAAAUAAUUGGUGGGGUUCUUUAGAUAUUAAUCGUAUAAAAGAUCUUAUAUUCGAUUUUGAUGAUUGGAAUAAUAAUGCAGUUACUGUUUUUACACCAUUUUUAAUUGAUGAUUCUUUUGAUGCCUCUUUAUCGACAACAUGGGAUGAUACAUUCCGCACCUCAAAUGGUGUAUUAGGUGGUAAAAUUUCAGAAUCAUUGAUUAUUACUCCACAAGAAAAUGCAUACACAGUUUUAUCAGAUAUUACUGUAAUGCCAGGAGUAACUUUAACUAUAUUACCAGGAACAACAUUAGAAUUUGCACCUAAUGUUGGUAUCCUUGUGCUUGGUUCUUUGGUCGCUCGAGGUUAUAUUGGUGGUGAAAUAACAUUUAAGCCUAUAAAUAAAGUUAUGAUACCACAUUCACACAGUUUUAAGUCCAGGCCUACUAUACGGUUAAAUCAUAUGAAAAAUGUUGAUGAAACAAAUGCUAAUGUAUUUGGAUUUUUGGAGAUAUGGAACAGUACUCUAAUGCAAUGGUUACCAACUUGUGAUCACUCAUUCACUGAAGCUAAUGCUAAAGUGGUAUGUAAAGAAAUUGGAUCAAAUAGUAGUACCUUCAACAAUUGGUUUACCUGGAAGAAACAUUAUUAUAAUGAAAGUCAAAUGGUAGUUGCUGCUCAAAGUUGGCCUCAACAUUUUAGAUGUUUUGGAAAUGAAAACAAUUUCCUAGAUUGCCCAAUUUUAAAUUUUACUGAUGAGUACUUAACAUGUGAUUGGAAUGACGAAUCAUUUGUAUUUGUAUAUUGUACUGAAACUAUUCUUACUAAGAACCAGCAUCAUUGGGGAGGCAUAAGAUUUGCUAACAAUGAUUUUGAGGUAAACGAUUAUUCUGAAUAUUUGCACGAUAAUGAAAACCACGGAUUGAAAACAAAUGUGCAAUCUCAAUUACAAUAUGUACGAGUUGAAGGUGCUGGAGUGUUACAUAACGAAUUAUCACCAGCUGUUAUGAUAGUUGGAAAAUCUCCUUACAUAAAUUCUAUUAAUGUUACAAAUUCAGCAUCUCAUGGGAUAUCUGUUAUAACAUUUAAACACCAAAACAUACAUCUAUUUUCUAAUUGGAUUGAAAAUAAUAUUGGAAUUGGUAUUAACAUAAUUUCUUUAACUGGAGAAGGACAAGAAAACGAUGAAAGUUCCUUUGAUGUGUUAAAACAAGUGAAUAUUCCUAAAGACACAUUCGGUUUGUUAGAUAUGUGUGAUCCCAUCAAAGAUGUAGUAGUGUAUGAACGAAUGAUAGUACACUUCAGAUACAGUGAUCAACCAAUAUCUUGUGUUAAAAUUUUUCGUAGUUAUUUGGGAUUUAAAUCAUUAGGUUUAAGAUUACUACAACUAAAUCUAGCGCAUGAAAAUGAUUAUGUGGGAAUAUAUGAUGGAAUAAUAUAUAAUAAAACUUCUGAAAUUAUCCGUCUUGUUAAAUCUCCAAAAUCUCAAAGAAGAAGAUUUAUCAAAUCCACAUUUGGUAGCAUUAGUUUAAAAACUAUAGCUCGAGCUGCUUCUUCUCGUGUUUAUGGUUUUAUUGCAGAAAUUAUGACCCUUCCUAUUGCUGCAAUUGGUUUUGAUCGCAACACUGAACAUAAUAUUUCAUAUUCAGUGAUCAACAAUAAUUUUAUGGGUGCUAUAAGCUAUGCGUGUGCAGGUGAAGUAAAUCCACAUAUUAGUGUUGCUUGGAAUAAGAUAAUUAAUAAUUGUCAUCAUAUACCCAAUUCAAACAUAAGUACAUGUGAUAUGCCAAUCCAAUUUCAGUUGCAAAAUACUCAAAGUUUACUACUUCAUAAUAACCUCGUUAUGAAAAAUCAAGGUGGUCUUAAAGUGACAGCAGAUUCUAGUGGAUUCGCAACUGCUUUACAAGCAAUUAUCCAUAAUAAUUUAUUUACAGAAAAUGUUAAUUUGCCAGUAUUAAAUAUUAGUGGUAUACGAGUGGCGCCUCAACAACAUAUAACUAUUUAUCGCAACUUUUUCUCUGAUAAUAUCGCUCCGUAUGAAAACAUCAUUCAGCUCGUGCAGGUUAUUUCAAAUUUUACAUUCAACUACGUUUAUAGUAACAUUGGUUUUCAUGUUCUACAAAUGUCUGGUUUUCACGGAAUCCGAUUGCCAUUACAAUCAUCAACUUCACAUAAUGGAUUUUAUUGGAACGAAGCAACAAACUUACAGAACAAAGGGACAAUAUUGGCUUUAUCAAACGGUCAAUAUUAUAUACAUAAUAUAUUUUAUGACCCUGAAAAUAACUAUGAAAUCAUAGCUGCAACCAGUAAUAAUAGAUCAAAUGAUUAUAUUUAUGCUAUUGAUGGUUCCAUUGAUGCUCGUCACAACUAUUGGGGUUUUAAUGAUACUAUUGCUGUGCAUGGACGCAUCAAAGACUACAAAGAUGAAAUAGAAUUAAUGCCAGUUGAUGUAAUACCGUAUUACUCAACAAAUAAAACUAUUUUAGAAUCAGAAAAAUGUCCUCCACCUUGGAUCUUAAUGCCGAAUUCUAAUACUUGUUAUGGAUACAUUGCCGUACCAAUGACAUUUUAUGAAGCCAAGACAUUUUGCAUGACUAUGAAUGCUUCUAUGCCAUUCAUUACUGGUGAUUAUGCAAAUAUCAGGAGAACUCUGCAAUUGCAGAUAUAUGACUAUGGCCUAAUCUGGGUUCAGCAUAUCGACUACAUUGGUCAGUGUACAGCUCUUGGUUUUAACAAAGUACACACUAAUGUAGAGUGUGCUUUUCGUAAUGCUUUCAUUUGUGAAAUGGACCCUCAAGUGACAAUAAAUCCAUUAAAGUGGCGUGAUGAUUUUGUCAACAUUGCUGUUACGGGGUUAAUAUUUGGUUGUUUGAUUUGUGUGGCAUCUGUAUUAUGUUGUUGGUGGACUAAAUCAAAGCGAAGACAGGUGCAAAGACUAAAUAGACGAAACUCAAUUCGCCAAUCAUUAACAUCUUUACGAUCAUUAUCCCUGUCACAGCCUGCAUUUUCUGAAUUAAAUUAUCGACGUAAACCAAUAAUUGAUAAUAGCAGUGGUUUUAACACAGUAUCAUCCAAAGCCAACGGAAGUAACGAUUCCAUAAUGAAAUCACAAUUCAAUUCAUCUGUUGAUGAAUAUGAGCCAAGUGACUUAUACGAAGUACACAAUGUUAACGAUCCCAUACACAUCGAAAAUGAUUAUGAUUUAGCAUAUAAAAAUAAAGGUUUUAGAGACAACUCAACAUUUGCAUCUACAGUGGGUAUGUGGACAGACUUAAGUAGUCGAGGAGUAUACAGUAGUGCAGAAGUCCUUGAAACAAAUUUGGAUCAGGCACCUUCGCCUCCCCCCAGAUCACACAGCCAACCACUUGAAACCUCAAUGUGAUAUAUUAUUAUCCUAUUUACCUUAUUUUAAUUAUUGUAUUUAUUUAUAUUGCUUAAUCGAUCUCUUAGUUCAGAGACCACUCACCCAAUAGAAUAUAGUGUAUAAAAUGUUUACGAAGUAUUAAUAACGAUUAAUUUAUUUGUACCUAUUUAUUACUAAGAAAUUGUGUUAUAAAACAUUACGCACUAGUGCACUACACUGCCUGUGACUAUAUUCAAAGUCCCUUAUUUUUGUUUUCGUGGAUAAACAGACACUUUUUGUUAGGUUUAGGGAAAUUGACAAGGUAUAUUUUAAUUUUUUUGUUUUGUUUUUUUUAUAUAUAUAUGUACAAUAGACAUAAUUUAAUUAAGAGUUAAAACAUUUUGUAAUGUGAUUAAAACGAAAAAGUAUUCCGUCCAGUUUACUAAUCACACGAGCCGUCCAGAAUAAAAUUGUUGAUAUCUAUGUAUAAUUAACAUGUUUUAGAAGCAACUAUAAUUAGUUAAUAUGUAUAUUUUUUUUUACAUACAUAAAUAUAUAAUAAAUGUUCUUUU